AUGGAUGCUCCUGAGUACCUGGAUUUGGAUGAGAUUGACUUCACUGACGAUUCAGCGGUGAGUAGAAGUCCAAAACUCAGAUUUGUUGUACCAGAAAUGGUGGCACACCAUCUGGCUAUGCCAGGGGACAUAACGGGCAGUUUCCUGGACACAGAUUAAGCCUAGUCCUCGACUAAAAACAUUUUCAAUGGAGAUUCUCUAUUCAGUUUGCUUUUUAGUCCAGGAUUUAUCUUAAUCUGUGUCCGGGAAACCACCCAUAGUUGGUAGGCUAUGGUUAAAUAUUUCUAUGUAAUAAGUGCUUGUAAACAAACACGUGGAUGGUCUCUUCCCUGUAAAAGUAUUCUGUGACAUCCUUGAAGAACAUUCCAGAGCUUUCCAGAAGAAACGAUGGUCAGGGAGAAGAAAGACAAGGUAUGUGUGAGUGUGACCAGCCUAGGCCAUUAUUAUUAGCACACCAGGUAGCCUAAAUGGCAUGCUUUAAAAUGAAAACAUAUUUAGAGAUGGAUAGAAAUGUAUACUGAAUAAAAAUAUAAACGUAACAUGCAACAAUUUCAAAGAUUUUACUGAGUUACAGUUCAUAGAAAGAAAUCAGUCAAUUGAAAUGAAUUCAUUAGGCCGUAAUCUAUGGAUUUCACAUGACUGGGCAGGGGCACAGCCAUGCGGAGCCAGGCCCAGCCAAUCCGGAAUUAGUUUCUCCCCACAAAAGGGCUUUAUUACAGACCUAAAUACUAUUUUAUUUCAGAUCAUGAAACAUGGGACCAACACUUUACAUGUUGUGUUUUAUAUUUUUCUUCAGUAUACAUAAUGGAUACCUGGAGGAAAAUGGGGGAGGGCAAUGCUUUUUUUUAUUUCAGUCCAGGGGAGGGUCAUGUAAUUUAUAAUUGAUUACAUUUCAAUAUUUAUCAGUGAUUUAGAAUUAGUUGCUUACUAGGAUGGAUGGAUGGAUACAGUGAGGGGAAAAAAGUAUUUGAUCCCCUGCUGAUUUUGUACGUUUGCCCACUGACAAAGACAUGAUCAGUCUAUAAUUUUAAUGGUAGGUAUAUUUGAACAGUGAGAGACAGAAUAACAACAAAAAAAUCCAGAAAAACGCAUGUCAAAAAUGUUAUAAAUUGAUUUGUAUUUUAAUGAGGGAAAUAAGUAUUUGACCCCUCUGCAAAACAUGACUUAGUACUUGGUGGGAAAACCCUUGUUGGCAAUCAGAGGUCAGACGUUUCUUGUAGUUGGCCACCAGGUUUGCACACAUCUCAGGAGGGAUUUUGUUCCACUCCUCUUUGCAGAUCUUCUCCAAGUCAUUAAGGUUUCUAGGCUGACGUUUGGCAACUCGAACCUUCAGCUCCCUCCACAGAUUUUCUAUGGGAUUAAGGUCUGGAGACUGGCUAGGCCACUCCAGGAUCUUAAUGUGCUUCUUCUUGAGCCACUCCUUUGUUGCCUUGGCCAUGUGUUUUGGGUCAUUGUCAUGCUAGAAUACCCAUCCACAACCCAUUUUCAAUGCCCUGGCUGAGGGAAGGAGGAUCUCACCCAAGAUUUGACGGUACAUGGUCCCGUCCAUCGUCCCUUUGAUGCAGUGAAGUUGUCCUGUCCCCUUAGCAGAAACCCCCCCCCCUCCAUGUUUGACGGUGGGGAUGGUGUUCUUGGGGUCAUAGGCAGUAUUCCUCCUCCUCCAAACACGGCGAGUUGAGUUGAUGCCAAAGAGCUCGAUUUUGGUUUCAUCUGACCACAACACUUUCACCCAGUUCUCCUCUGAAUCAUUCAGAUGUUCAUUGGCAAACUUCAGACGGCCCUGUAUAUGUGCUUUCUUGAGCAGGGGGACCUUGCGUGUGCUGCAGGAUUUCAGUCCUUCACGGCGUAGUGUGUUACCAAUUGUUUUCUUGGUGACUAUGGUCCCAGCUGCCUUGAGAUCAUUGACAAGAUCCUCCCGUGUAGUUCUGGGCUGAUUCCUCACCAUUCUCAUGAUCAUUGCAACUCCACGAGGUGAGAUCUUGCAUGGAGCCCCAGGCCGAGGGAGAUUGACAGUUAUUUUGUGUUUCUUCCAUUUGCGAAUAAUCGCACCAAUUGUUGUCACCUUCUCACCAAGCUGCUUGGCGAUGGUCUUGUAGCCCAUUCCAGCCUUGUGUAGGUCUACAAUCUUGUCCCUGACAUCCUUGGAGAGCUCUUUGGUCUUGGCCAUGGUGGAGAGUUUGGAAUCUGAUUGAUUGAUUGCUUCUGUGUACAGGUGUCUUUUUAUACAGGUAACAAACUGAGAUUAGGAGCACUCCCUUUAAGAGUGUGCUCCUAAUCUCAUCUCGUUACCUGUAUAAAAGACACCUGGGAGCCAGAAAUCUUUCUGAUUGAGAGGGGGUCAAAUACAUAUUUCCCUCAUUAAAAUGCAAAUAAAUUUAUAACAUUUUUGACAUAUGUUUUUCUGGAUUUUUUUGUUGUUAUUCUGUCUCUCACUGUUCAAAUAAACCUACCAUUAAAAUUAUAGACUGAUCAUUUCUUAGUCAGUGGGCAAACGUACAAAAUCAGCAGGGGAUCAAAUACUUUUUUCCCUCACUGUAUAUAUAUACAUAUAUCACACACACACACACACACACACACACACUACCAGUCAAAAGUUUGGACACAUCUACUCAUUCAAGGGUUUUUCUUUUGUUUUUACUAUUUUUUACAUUGUAGAAUAAUAGUGAAGACAUCAAAACUAUGAAAUAACACCUAUGGAAUCAUGUAGUAACCAAAACAGUGUUAAACAAAUCAAAAUAUGUUUUAUAAUUGAGAUUCUUCAAAUAGCCACCCUUUGCCUUGAUGACCGCUUUGCACACUCUUGGCAUUCUCUCAACCAGCUUCAUGAGGUAGUCACCUGGAAUGCAUUUCAAUUAACAGGUUUGCCUUCUUAAAAGUUAAUUUGUGGAAUUUCUUUCCUUAAUGUGUUUGAGCCAAUCAGUUGUGUUGUGACAAGGUGGGGGGUAUACAGAAGAUGGCCCUAUUUGUUAAAAGACCAAGUCCAUAUUAUGGCAAGAACAGCUCAAAUAAGCAAAGAGAAACGACAGUCCAUCAUUACUUUAAGACAUGAAGGUCAGUCAAUACUGAAAAUGUCAAGAGCUUAAGAUUUUGAAGAAAAUGUAACGGAUCCGAUUAUAUGAAGUGAUCUAUAACAGCGCUUUGGUCCGUGACUCUUCAUGAUAGAAACAAUCUGUAAAAUACCUGGGAAAGACAUGACUCCGAUGCAUAUGGAGAUGUCAUUGUUUUGUUUCUUUGAUAUUCAGAGGCUGAGCGACAACCAAGGAGACAAAAAAUUGACUUUGCUUGGGAAGUAAUCUAAUUCUGUCACUAGCAAUUGAUUUUAAGCUAUUUACUUUCUGUACAAUAGAAGAUAUUUAAACCCAGACUGCUUUUAGGGAAACACUUGUGACUUUCUCUCAUUGGGUUAAGCCACGGAAGAUGAGUAGCCAGCAUUUAAAGCUUAAAAUGUUAUGCGUCAGUAGUCCUACUCUGUCUGGGGUGGAAAGGUAGGCCUAACUUUUGAAAGUACCAUGCACAGAUUCCUAAUGACGUCUCAGAUUUAAUUAUUUGCAAAUGGGUUCAGUUUCGUUGCAAACAAGAUACACUAAUUUGGCAUUGGAGAAAUAUGAUAAGAUGAACACAUAGGCCUAUCUCUCUGUCCAUUCUUAGUCUGUAAUUUGUGUGGUAUUAAGAUUCUGCUAAUAUGUAAAAUUACGUAUAAUUGUUUUAUUUGAAUUUUAUAAAGGCUCUUUUUUUUCAGACCUGCAAAUAUGAUAGAUUCAUGCAAUACUUAUACUAUGAAGAUCUUUUCACCCCUACUCUUGUCCACGGUGGUCUGAGAACCCACAACCUUCUGGCCCGCAGCCCUGUGCGCUAUCAAAAUUCCUGCGUUGCCAUGUAAUGCUUACAGGAAUAAGAACAGUUUUUAAAACAGCAUAUCUAAGUCUCUGGUCUAUCCAAGACGUAGGGUAAACGGUAGACAUUUUCUCUGCUAUCCACUUUCUUUGAAUUAUUAUUUUGGGUAUAGGGGAGGGUCACGUUUUUUUUUUUUUUAGUGCAUUUUUUGUUUUGCUAGAGGGAGGGCCAUCCAGUUGAAAUUCAGAGCGGUCCGAUUUUCUCCAUGUAACCCUUAUUAUAGAUAACGUUCUCUCCCUUAGCCCCAGCCAUCAACUGGAGUCGCGGCGUGUCGUCACAUAGCGGCGGUGGAAUCAAGCCGACCGGCAUCACCGACGUCCACACCAAAUUCCGACCUGUGAAGAGGGUCUCGCCACUCAAACAUCAACCAGAGACCUCUGACAACGAGGCUCGGGCUCACAAUGAAGAAGGCAGCAACAAAGAGGAAGCCUCAGAUGAAACGCCUGCGGCCUCAUGCGAAGGCCAGGGAUCUAAAGCCAAGAGCAUGGGCACCGGAGGAGCUCUUUUCGGGGAGCUGGAGCACUACGACCUGGACAUGGAUGAGAUACUGGACGUGCCUUACAUUAAAUCUAGCCAUGUCUCCACUCUUCCCAGAGUUCCCCAUGACAAAAGGACGGUGGGCAGCAUCGGGGAUGGUGGCGCCAGUGACAGGUACCACGGCGUUAAGACCUCAACACUUCCCCACUCUGAGAGCCUAGGAAGUGUCACCCAGUACGGUGUGCUCUCGCCCCUCAAGUGGUCUGAUAUGAGCAAGUCCAAAUCUAUGGACCCGGACUAUCACCGCCCACCCACUGGGGGCUAUGACCACUCCACACCAGGCCAGCUUAGCUGUUCUUCGGCCUCGGACAUGGACAAACUUUUAGCCAACAGGGCCUACCCGGAGCCAACGGCACACAAGGCAGGGGGUGACACCCCUGGGAGCAGCCAGGCUUUGAUGAUCCCCCUCCAGGGCUGUGCUGGGGCUAGGCAGGACAGCAGUAAGACCUGGAGCAGUAUCAGACUGCACGGAGAGUGUGAUGAGGAUACCAAGAAAUCCAAGAACAUCAUCAAUAUCAUCCGAGAGGGGCAGAUUUCUCUGUUGGUAAGUCAACAGUUUGGAAUUGACAGCCUAAUACAGAAGCAUGUCUGUUCCACAAAAUAUAUUCCCAAAUAAAUAUUUUGCUGCAUCAAUUGGGCUACAGGUGGUAAUUCUAAUAGCACAUCCUGAUAAUAUAGACCAUGUUUAGGCUAUAUGCAUGGUCCAAUAUGUAAAAAAAAAAAAUAUAUAUAUAUAUAUAUUUUCAAUAUGUUAUUGGGCUCAUUUCUGGAGGGGGAACUUAUAUUUUAGGAUGUGUCUGUGUCCUUUUAUUUUUAUACAUUUUGGAGUAGAAUGUGACCUUUUAAAAGGUCACCAGAACUGAGCUUGUCAGUCCUUCUACAUAAAAAUUAUUCCAAGGAGGACGCUGGACCAUGUAAGCAAGGGGACUGGAAUUGGUCAAACUCGCAGUUUAAUUCAUGUACAAGAUUAUCCUCUUUCCCAAAAAGCAUGAUGGUCAUGACGUUUUUUACAUGAAAGGGGAGGUUAACUUGGGCUCAGUAAAUCGAUCUGAGAUCGACUUGUUUCAGUCACUGGAUUAUUUGUUGUUGCUUUCACCCCUGUUAUCGACACAACCACUGAUCGUAAGCACUUUGCUAAUAUCGUUCAUUACGAUAAGUAACUUAUACUGUGAAGUUUGAAAUGAAAUAAUUUGGCUAAUAUGGGUGAUUGUUGAUGGCUAUAAUCAUCAACCUAGUAGUAGUUUCAAGGAUCAGUAAAAAAAAAAAAGGUACACAUUAAUGUUAUAAAGUUAUCGUUCUAUUUAUAAUUAUCGCAUCAAUUAAGGCAAUUUAUCGCGAUGUGGAUUUUUGUCCAUAUCACCCAGCUCUAAGUGAUAAGCUUAUAUGAACAAGACCGGUUUGUAUCAACAACUCACUGAGUCUUUUACCUGGUGUUCUCUGGCCACAGCCUCACCUUGCCACUGAUAACCUGGAGCUGAUCCGGGACGAGGAGGGGAACAACCUGCUCCACAUCUCUGCGGCCCAGGGCCACGCCGACUGCCUGCAGCACCUCACCUCCCUCAUGGGAGAGGACUGCCUCAACGAGCGCAACAUCCACCAGCUCACGCCUGCUGGGCUCGGGGUGAAGGUGAGUGAGGGGUUAGAGGUUUGGUCAGGGCCUCUAGGGAACCAAAUUGUGCGUGUGGACAUGUCCACCUGCCAUACCAACCAAGGCAGACGCCUAGAUUCUGUGGCACCCUUUUCCCGUAUAGUGCACUACUUUCGAUCAGAGCCCUAUGGGCCCUGGUCAAUAGGGCUCUGGUCACAAGUAGUGCACUAUGUAGUGAAAAGAGUUGGUUGUUAGUUACGACCUUGACACUCCUGAGGAGAAAGAUAACACCAUGUCUCUGACUGUGUACGUCUGGGCUUUGGAUACUUAGCUGUAUUUGUCAGGUUUACCCUCUUUCAUUCCCUCUGUUAAAUUAAAGAGUAUCAGGACAGUGUCGCAAUCAAACUGAUCUACAGAAUAACCUGUGUGUAUGCAGAAUGGCCAUUUGGAGUGUGUGCGCUGGAUGGUGAGUGAAACGGAGGCCAUCGCAGAGCUGAGCUGUAGCCGAGAGCACCCCAGUCUCAUCCACUACGCAGCCCGCUACGGACAGGUGAGGGAGACUCACACCGGCGUAUAA